AUGCAUUUUCUCUCCUCAGUGUUGGAGGCUGCGUCACAUUGGUUGGUCUUAACCACUAUCAUCGGCUCCUUGACUCCACGGAUGUUUCUUCCGUUGUCUAUCCUCGGUGGCACUGUUGGAGUUUGGGCUGCCCUUAAAGUGCAAAUCACACUUAUUGCUUGGAUUAUGGUAGUGCUACUCCUACUUGGUGUAGCUUUGGUGGCUUGCCCACCACCAUUUUCUGUUGGUUACUGGGUCUCCUAA